AUGAUGAAUUUCUUGUUUGCAAAGAACAAAACCGGCUUCAUCGAUGGCACCAUUGUAAAACCAGAGGUGAAUUCUGACAAAUAUCUACUUUGGAUGCGUUGUGAUGCCAUGGUCAAAGGUUGGCUGACCACCGCCAUGGAGAAGGAGAUUCGCAACAACGUGAAGUACGCCAAGACAGCCACAGACAUUUGGCAAGACUUAAAAGAACACUUUGGAAAAGAGAGUGCACACAAGGCUUAUGAAUUGAAGCAGUCACUAAAUACCACCCGACAGGAAGGCACAACUGUGUCGGCCUAUUACACCAGAUUACGUGUUCUGUGGGACGAAAUGGAGUCAAUUCUUCCGACUCCUCGUUGUUCUUGUGAUGGCUGUUCAUGUGGGCUCGCUAAGAAAUUCACUGAAAUCAAAGAAAAAGAGAGAACCUUUGAGUUCUUGAUGGGACUGGAUGACCAAUUCAGUGUUAUCAAAACACAAAUAUUGGCUUGCAAUGAGCAACAACGCAUGAUCACUAGUUCAAAGAAGCCUGUUCAUGAGACUGCUGCGUUUCAAACCAGUUUCCAAGAGAAGCGUGAUCAACAAAAGAACCAGCAUGAAAAGAACCGGAUGAAACCUGAGAAAAGCACUCCUCAAACUGGACCUUGUAGUCAUUGUGGAAAAGAAGGGCACGACAGGGAGGGAUGCUUCAAAAGAAUCGGCUGUCCUGAGUGGUGGCCAACCAAAGGAAAGGGAAAUAAAUUGAAACCAAGGGCAGCCAUGGUCGAAACAAAAUCAUGCCCUAUUCCAGGGAUGACGGAAGAACAGUACACCAGUUUUCUCAAACUGUUUGGAGGAAACAAAGAAGAGCCAAUUGUAGCGAACAUGGCAGGUAGAAUAAGUAAUGAUGAUGACUGGGUUGUGGAUUCGGGUGCCACCGAACACAUAACCUACCAGGAGCAUCAUUUUAAAACCUUAUCAACAAACAUCAAUGAAAGACCAGUCACUAUCCCUAAUGGGGAACCCAUUCCUGUGAAAGGAAAAUGUGAAAUUGCCUUUAAAGAAAGAGUGAACAUCAAAUGA